AGGCUGUUGCAGCACUCGCCGUGAACUCUUGCGAUAUAUCGACUCAUAAGUCGAUGUAUGUUCUAAUAACUUCAAUCUAUCGAAACAUGGUACUUCCGGUAACUUAAAGUUAGGUUAUUUCGUAAUUGAGUAUCACCACCACAUGGUCCAAACAGAUUGAUUAUGAACUAUGCCCAUAGUACAUCAGUAUUUUUCACUCCAGUUUUCUGCAAGAUAUAUGGCACUUCUUCUGCAAGAUAUUUUGGUGAGAGUCAUUUUGACCAUUCACAGUGCUUUGAGUAUAGAAACAGAAUCUAAGGCUCUACCAUAGGGAAUGGGUCUGUACUUCGUUCCCUUCCACUUCAUGGUGAAGUAUGGACAAGGCUACAAGUGUUAUGAAAGUAGUUCUGAAAAACUCUUCUGGAGAAUCCAUUACUGUAAGCAUCUAUCCAGAAGACACCAUUCAGGAUUUGAAGAACAGAAUCCAAGAUGAAGUUGGAAUACAUUUGGAUUUAAAUCAGCUCAACAACAAUGGGCUGAAAGUCACAGAUGAUCAGAAAGUGGUGGAUUAUAUAUCAAGUGGUUUGAACCCAAGCCUGGGAUUUGGAUUUUCCAAGAAUGACAUGAGUUGUGGCACACCUCCAUUGAACUGCAUUGUACCUGGCUGUGCCAAUAAUAAAAUGACAUGUCCUGAAAGAAUGUUCUUCACUUUGCCAAUUUUAAAAGAUAAGCGAAGUCAGUGGCUUACUGUUUGCAAACGUGAAGAUCUCCUAGAGAAUAUGGAGUUGAGCCUUGCAGUGUGUUCUGAUCACUUCAUUGAAGAGCAAUUCACAACAUCAUCUAGUAGAAGAUUAAUAGAAGAUGCUGUACCAACAGUGUUUCCAGUGGUACACUCUUCAUGUGGCAAAAACUGCAUGUUGGCUACACAAGAUGUGUGUGAAGAGGAGGAAACUGUGUUUAUAGAUAAUUGUGAAACAGUCAUUAAAACUGAGUCAGAUAUUGAUAGUAAUGUGGAUGAAUUAAUGGGUGAUGAUGGAAGUGCUGUUUGGAAACACCCAGGACAGUUGUGUCGCCUUUGUGCCAACAAUACAGGAGAUGUGAUCUACAUCUUCAGUUCAGCUGGAAAGCAGCUCAACAUAGCAGAAAAAAUCAACACAAGUCUGCCAGUUUCAGUGCAGCAGACUGAUCCUCUCCCAAAGCAGGUGUGCUCUUCUUGUGUUGUGAAAUUAGAUAUGUGCUAUGAAUUUUCCCAGUCCUGCAUUAAUGCAGAGGAGAAGCUGAAGUCGUUGAUGAAGCUAAAACAAUUCUGGACCCAGUUCCCUGGAGAGUCAAUUUCAUCAUCUGUAUGGGGCAGGAAUUCCAUUUUAAAAAUGGAGUCUAAUUCAGAAGUAUAUGGUGAAAGCUUGAAGUUUAAAAAGGAAAAUUUAAAACUGUGCAGUUCUUCUUCACAUAUUCAAAACAACAGGUAUAAAGAAUUGGAUGUUAAUGAACAGAUUAAAAAUGUAUUUUGUUGCCCACUCUGCUGUGAAGGACAAAUGAUGGCAUGUUGUAAUGAAGAAGAAACUUCUCCAGUGAUGACUGAUACAAAUAUGAAAAGUGACAGGCUCCCAUCAGAUGGCAGACAGUCUUUCGAUUUAUUCAAAGAGCCAAACAAUAGCAGUGCAAAGGAAAACAGUUCAUCAGAUAAAGCUGACAUUAGCACUGAUUGCACUAACCAUUUUCAAAGUAAUGUUGUUUACGAAGUGAGAGAUGAAGAAGGAAAUAAUUACACUUUUGUAGAAAGUGGAAUUGGAUGGUGGAAUGAUGAAAGUGCUUUAGAAAGUGCAGAGAUUAUAAUAGAAACAUUGAAUUCAGAGGAAGCUAAAGUUCUCUGUAACUUGGAUGAUGAAGAUAGAGUCCCAGCUAACAGCUGGAAUCUUGUAGGCCAAAUGGAAACAGAAGGCAGCAGUUUCAUGUGUCAGCUUUGUGGAGUGUCAUUCUCAUCUGAAGAACUUUGUUUGGACCACUCCAAAAUUCAUGCUGAGGAGGGCUGUUACCCUUGCAGUCUUUGUGGGAUGUGCUUCAGCAGUGAACUAGAUAUUACAAGUCACCUUGAGGAACAUAAGGUAGAGGAAAAGAAAGCAAGGACUAAAAUUUCUAAAGGCCGUAUUACAUGUAGUAUAUGCAGCAGGAGAUUUAAUAAUGAGAAAACACUGAAUGAACAUACAUGUGGAACUAGUGACACCAAGCAAUUUCGAUGUGAGACAUGUAAGAAGGCGUAUAUAUCUGAAGAAAGACUUAGAUUUCAUCGCAGAUUUCAUGAAGGUGCCAGACCAAAUUAUUGUGUCCAGUGUGGGAAAGAAUUUGAUAAUGAAGGAAGUUUAUAUUAUCAUACACGAAUGGUUCAUGAAGGCGUAAGACCAUUUUGCUGCGAAGAAUGUGGUAAACGGUUCUACUCUAAUGCAAGAUUAGAAGCACACAAACGUGUUCAUUCUGGUGAGCGGCCUUUUGAAUGUGAAGUGUGUGGGCGUCGCUUCUAUGAUCGAGAGACACUCAAGGGACAUUACAUCACACAUAUGUCAGUGAAACCCUUUCAGUGUGAUUUGUGUGGUGUGUGUUGUGGCAGAAAGAGCAUGCUGAAGCAGCAUGUUCGUAUCCACCAUUCCAAUAAAUGCAUGCCAAAACGUGUGCCAUCCCUUAUUCACUACUUCUGUAAAAUCUGUAAUGAAACAUUUACCAGCUCAUCAGAUGUACUGACACACAGGACCACUCACUGGGGAACAAUAUGUAAUGGCAGCAGUGAGAAUAAGGAAACCAAACCUCAUAUGUGUGAAUAUUGUGGAGAAAGUUUCUCAAUGGUGAACUUACUUGGUAAGCACCGGAAACAGGAGCACCCUGAUGAACAGCCCUAUGUAUGUAGUAUCUGCAAAGAGACUUCUCGAACUCUGUAUGAAGCCAGAGCACACAGGAAAACCCACACAUCAAUUGAUGACCUAGAUGGUAAGGAAAAAAUUAAGCUAGACCCAGAUAAAGUGGUGACACAGAAGGUGUUUAUAUGUGAAGAAUGUGGCAUGCCUUUACCUGGUCGUCGCAAGUUCAUGGCACACAUGAAAGCUCAUCGUAUGGACCUGCCUUUUGAGUGUUCAGUUUGUAGAAAAAAAUUCACUGAAAAACAACGCCUUCUUGUUCAUAUGCGUUUGCACACAGGUGAAAAACCUUAUUCAUGUAGUGAGUGUGGAAAGCGAUUCACUCAGUCAUCAGCUCUGUACACCCAUGCGCUGCUUCAUACAGGUGAGAAACCCCACUCCUGUGACAUCUGUGGUAAAGCAUUCCGCAUCAAAGCAGACCGUGACAACCAUCGACGCACACAUACAGGUGAGAAACCGUACCGUUGUGAGUUCUGUGCAAAACAGUUUCGCACAGGUCAAGUGUACUAUCAGCAUCGUAUGAUCCACACUGGUGAGCGACGAUUUCCCUGUGAUGUAUGUGGCAAAGCAUUUAAACGUUCACAUACUCUCGUUGUUCAUAAACGAAUUCAUACCGGUGAGAAACCCAAUAUUUGUGACAUCUGUGGAAGGGGAUUUCGCCAAAGGACAGAUAUGAAGAAACACAGGGCUCUGCAUGCUGUCUAAUCAUGAUAAUAGGUAUUUGAGUGACAGGUAUUAGGUUUAUUUCUUCAUUGCAACACAGCAGAUUUGCAAGAUUAUUUAAAUAUAUUUGUUAUGCAAAAUAACAUCCUACCUUAAGUUUCUCAGUCUGACACUGAAGAGAAAUUGACAUGACAGCCUGUAAUGCAUACUACUUCAGAAUUAUAAAUAAUCAGAAUAAAUCUAAUGCACUCGAAUUGAGAGAAUGGAAUGAUUUUGUCGGUUGUGCUGUUACAAGUGACUUCAGGAGUGAAAUGUGUCUCCCAUGAUGGACUAGUAGUGUUAGCGUGCUCG